AUGGCGACAACGGAGCAUCUGGAGUAUGAACAUGAUCACACUCGGCCGGACAACCACCACAUGACCCUGCCAUCUGCUACGCCCCUCUCCCACUCUUCCCCGGCUCUGCGCGCAGGCGAGGUCUUCAAUCCUUCUGAUCUGUUGUGCUCUCUCCUGCCUGCCUCACUUGGAUCACAUUCGAAGCAGCUUACAGCUUACGACGACCAGCUGUCAGGAGAGCUGGAGACGGUCGUAGAUGACGAGUACAAAGAGUUCAUUGCGCUUGCUGCGAGACUGGGAGGCGAACGACAGCGGAUAGACCGGCUGGCGCAUUGGGCGGGUGACAGCGGGCAAGAAGGCUUGGAAGGCGUCAGACUUUGUGUAGACAAGGAGAGAGAUGAAGUCAUGGCUGCGCAAUCGGACGUACUGCACUUGCUGACCAGUCGGCAAGCCAUCGAAACGCGAAAGACGGAUCUCAGGGCAUUGCUCUCCUUCUCAGAUACGGUACAGCGCCUCGAAGGCUUGCUGCUGAUCCCGACAGGGGCUGAAGUAGCGAGCUCGUCUGCUAGAGCCACAGCGAACCCUUCUCCACGGCCUCAUCACGGAAGCGCCUCCAGAGCAAGCGGCCGUCCUCACGAAGAUGAUGACGACCUCAUCAGAAGAAUGAAAGGGGAGCGACAUCCAAACAAUGAACAAAAUGGAGGUGAUCGCUCUUCAUUAGAAGAUGAGCUCGGUACAUAUGAUUCCGAUGCCUCGUCAUCUGCUGUGAACCGUCGCAAUCUGGCGAAUGUCGCUCUGCAAUCCGAAGCGAUGCCAAAAGCUGCUCCGCAAAAGCAGUUGCACCAUACAGGCCGCAAUCUUGAUCUCCCAACAAGGAUAGCACGAGCGAAAACAACUUGGGAAAGUCUCGACUUCCUUCGACGAGCCGCUGCCAAGCUGCCAGCUCACGCGAAGGAUGCGCAGAUCCUUGAAGGCUCAUCAUCAGCGCUUUCGAACAAGGUCCCUUUUCUUGAGAGACACGAGCAGCGCCUCUCGGCUAUUCAGACCACACUGAAGGGAGACCUACGCAGCUUGUUCAGUCGUCUCAUGACACCUGGAGCUUUACUGGUCGAGAUCGAUGAGCCUGCCGGGCUUGUCUCAAAUCCGAACAGUAUCGGCGAUCUUGAUCGAUGGAGCCGGAUCGCGCCUGGUUUGUCGCAAUCGCAGGCGCUCUCCGAGAAGAUGAAAGAGAGAAAGACAUGGAUGAUAAUGCUUCUCGAGGCAUGGACAAGCAUCGGCACCGAUGUCGAGACUUCUAUCACUGAGGUGCAGGAGCAUCUUUGCGAGAAAUUUGUCGCACCAUGGUGCCAAGACUUCGUACGUCUUGAUCGAGAUGUACGAAAUACCCACUUUCGAGCGUUGGCGUCCUCAGCUGCUUCUCACCUGCAAGUAAAUGGGGGCCCUCCGCUGCUACAUACUGACGACACAAGAGACAUGAGCCCAUUCCUUCCGAUGUUCAACACGAUCAUUCGCUUUGUCCACAGUAUGCGUGGACUGACAGCUCUGCUCGAGUCUUUCGACCCGAUUGGGAACCGACCGAAGACACUACUGUCUAGCGAUGAGUCCAACGAGUCAGCACGGAAGCGACACAGCAGAAUACAACCGUUCGAAGCUGUCAUUUGGUCCAGUAUCUCGACUGCAUUGAUUGGACAAGUCGGGGAGAGGCUGUUCUAUGUCGGCGCACCGGAUGAGUUCCAUCGCAAUUAUACCACCACACAAGAUUUCCUCGAUAUCCUGUCUCAUUACUGCCCAAGCGCAGAGGCCAAGAGAGCUUGGCGAGAACACCCAAGCUUUCUUGCUUUCAUGAAGCGCUGGCAACUUUCUGUAUACUUCCAAAUGCGGUAUCGCAGUAUCGCCACCUCGUUCGAGAGCGAGCUCGCACCAAUGCCACGGAGCUUUGCUACGCCGAAAGAAGCGCAGCCAUUGCCGUUGCUCACAGCGACACAAAGUGCUAUCGUUGCCUUUGUGGCGCCUUGGUCGCGGAGUGCUCAUCUGACUCCACUGAUCGCGAGACAGCUGAAGCUCAGCUUGAUGGUCGUUGCAAGGUACUAUACUUGGAUGUGCGAUCAGCAGAUGCUCCUUACUAAGGUCGAAGGCCAAGUAGAUGAACUCAAUGCAGUCUCAAAUCGACAGUUUGCAAUUUCUCAGGGAGGAGGAGCUAUUCCAUCUCGCAGUGCUACACCGGACCUGGACUCCCAAACUCUGGAUGAACGCAGUCUUAAAGCUCUGGCUAUCCUCGCCGCAGAUGCCGUAUGGUUCCGAUCAGAGGCUGCUCGUCGGCUGAAGGAAGACAUCAUUCCAAUGACCUCCUCCACCAGAGGGUGGAGCGAAGAAGCUUCGACUUUACCGUCUGAGAUAUCAGCUGCUCUUACUGAUGCCUUUCCUUACGAGAGCAGACUACUACCCUCUGUUGGUGCUGCCAUUGUAUCGCUUCUUAAGAGUCGUUGUGCAGAGGCUCUCCGCCUUGUCCGCUCUAUCAACACACAAUAUCGAGGGGGCACUAGCGGUCCCUCGACGCCCAACGCUGAAUUGCUUAGCAGCCAGGUAGAGCCUAGCUACUUUGUGCCACAGAUUUUCAGGCCCCUGCGAGCUUUCUUGGGCAAAGGCGACAGAUCUGGCGAACAAUUCAUGACGCCCGGUAGACUGGUCGCCAAGGAGUAUAGACUAUCAUGGGCGACUGAGGUGGUCGACGAUGUGGCGAUGCGCUAUGCCGCUUCAUUGACACAGAUGAUACAGAACUACGAAUCGCUCAGACGUCUCAAGCGCGGCAACAUGACAGGAAGUGGUGGAUUUGGAGGCUUAGCAAGCUCCUUUUUCCGAGGUGGCAGCAACUUCAGCAAUCAGACUGCGCCGGGUACGAGCAACGGCGACGAUAGCGAGUGGGUCCGUAUGCAGGUGCAAAUGCGAGUCGACGUUGCUCGAUUGGAGCAAGAUCUCAAGGAGCUGGGUGAGGUAGGGGUGGACAUCGAUCUGGACCGGAGCGAGCCAUGGUCCAAAUUGAGAGCUCUGGCGGCGGGACAGGACAGAGUGUGA